AUGGUCGCCCCUCACCAAGACAUUGACGCUUCCCCUUCGGUCCCCCAAGCCGUUGACCAGGGCCUUGAAGAAAAACAUUUGCCCACCACCGUUGCUGGAGAGUUGGAGCCAGUCGUAGCUGACUUGGUGAAGAAAGACCUGUCCAACCUGGCUACAUGGCCCGGAGGGCUUCCAACCACUCCGGUCUUUGCCUUCGGACCCUCCACGCCGCCGCUUGAUGUCGACGAACUGGAGAAGCAGCUGGUAGACGCUGCUGAGACCAGACGUCAGUCUGAUUGCACCGACUUUGAGGACUCCCUUGGCACUGUCGAUGCUCGAGAGAUCAACCUCGAAAAUCUCACGGCCGAAAAGCAGCAUAGUCCAAUUUCUCGGUUUGAGGAGCCGGUUACAAUGGGUCAGUUGAAAUGCCUGCUCCAGGCUGUGCUGGAACUCAAACCUCAAUCGACUUCGGAUACUGCGGAAAGUGACCUGGUCGACAACCAGCAGAAAGAGGAAAGGGUUGGAGCCUCCAUACUAGACUACAAAAUCAUUCUUGAAAAGUGGCAAAGACUGAUCGACGAAGGGCAUUCUUUAGUUGGACCAGCUGUGGCUACUAAGCCUGCCCAGCCCUGUGCUAGUAAGGAACAGGAAGAGAACGUUCAGGUGGUAGAUGAAAUUGAUCUCAAGAGUCCAAUCUGCACUACCCCGGAAGAUUUCAAAUCGUUCGAAAAGUGGGCCUCGACACCCCAAUUGAAGACGGUCGUGGAAAUCUGGGACAAAUGCGCGAGCAGAUACAAAAUCGGAGAGCCAGUGGAGACCAACAGUAGUCUGGACGACUAUGUUGAAUAUGCAUUCGUUGUUCGCGAACGUGUUGGUACGUAA